AUGAAGUCCACCAUCUUCUCCAUUGCUGCUCUUGCGGCUGUCUCUACUGCUGCACCUGUCAAGCGUGCUGAUGGCCCAUCUGACGGCGAUAUCCUCAACUACGCCCUUACCCUUGAGCACCUCGAGAACACCUUCUACAGCGAGGCCCUCGCCAAGUACAGCGUUGAGGACUUCAAGGCUGCCAACUUCUCCGAGGAGGCCUACAACCGCAUCAAGACUAUCUCAAGCGACGAGAAGAUUCACGUCGAGUUCUUGACCGGUGCGCUCAGCGCAGCUGGAGCCAAGCCCGUCGAAGCCUGCACCUACGACUUCGGAUACAAGGACGUUGCUUCCUUCAUGGCCACUGCUAGCGCCCUUGAGGGUGUUGGUGUCAGCGCCUACCUCGGUGCCGCCGCGGACAUCAUGUCCAAGUCAUACCUCACUGCCGCUGGAUCUAUCUUGACUGUCGAGGCCCGCCACUCGGCCUACGUACGCAACACCAUCGGCGCCUCGCCCUUCCCAGCUCCCUUCGACAACCCGUUGAGCUACAACGAGGUCUACACCCUGGCCGCGCAGUUCAUCAAGUCCUGCCCGGAGACCAACGCUCCCCUGCCUGUCAAGGCAUUCCCUUCCCUCUCCGCUUCCGCAUCUGAUGGAAGCAUGAUGAUCAAGGCUGGUAGCAAGAUCACUCUCGCCACCACUGGAUACAAGGUUGACGGCAAGGUCUACGCCGCUUUCAUCACCGUCACUGGCCCUAUCUUCGCUGAGGCUACCAUGGUAGAGGGCGGAUUCGAGGUCACGGUUCCUGAGAAGGGUAUUGCCGGACAGAGCUACGUUGUGCUCACCAGCUGCAACACUGCUGCUACUGACGACACCAUCAUUGCUGGACCCGCCAUUGUUGAGGUCAUGUAA